AUGGCUCUUUACAACGAGGAAAUGUCUUUGGACAAAAUCACCCACCAUAAUGAUAGUCUUGAGUCGUCGCAUUUAAACCCCAUAAACGAGAUUGCGUUUGGGGCCAUAUCUGGGAUGUUUGGGAAAGUGGUAGAGUAUCCAUUCGACACCGUUAAGGUGAGAUUGCAGUCUUCUAGUAACUAUUCCAUUUCUACAGUAGGCUGCAUAGCUCAAACGUAUAGAAACGAGGGGAUAAUCAGGGGCUUUUACCAGGGUAUUAGAGCGCCUCUCUUAGGUGCAUGUCUUGAAACUGCUAUUUUAUUCGCUUCCUAUAACGCAACCUCGCAUUUUUUCAUAAACCACUACCGAUUGAAAAGCGACCGAGAGUUGCCGUUGUGGACCAAAUGUGUAAGUGGUGGGUUUGCGGGAUUCACUGCAUCGUUUGUGUUGACGCCAAUCGAAUUGGUCAAGUGUAAAUUGCAAGUGCAGAAUGUGAAACAGUCCGGUCCCAUCUCCACCACCACCUCCUCCUCCUCCUCCUCCUCCGGUAGCCCCAAAAAUAUAUACUCAACUGUAAUUAGAAAAAUUCUCGCCAAUGAAGGUGUGAGUGGGUUGUGGCUGGGAUUGUCAAGCACAUUGAUUAGAGAAGUCUUCGGUACCGCAAUCUGGUUUAGCACCUAUGAGUACAUGACUCAAGUGUUUAGAGAGAGAAGAAUUGCAAAAGGAGGUGAUGAAAACGCUGAGAAUAGUGACGCUGAAUUGAUGUUCAGUGGUGCAUUGGCUGGUGUGCUAUUUAAUUUCUCAACUUUUCCAGUAGACACCAUCAAAUCAAACAUUCAAACUAAUGAUUUCGACAAGGCUUCCUCGAGCUUGCUUAAAGUAGGUAAGUACAUUUGCCAGCAACCUGGCGGCAUGAGAAACCUUUACAAUGGGCUUGGAAUAACCUUGGUCAGAGCAGCUCCUGCUAAUGCUAUAAUCUUUUACGUGUAUGAGCUUUUGAAAAGAAACUACGGGUAG